AUGACUUUGCCUGUUGAUAUUAUGCAAAGUAUGCUUAAAAUUUCCAAGAUCUCUCAAGAAAAUUGUUCAUUUACCGAUAUGUUUACCGAAUUGCGUACUUUGGGUGCUAAAACAUUGGAAAUUCACAUAAUUCAUUCUAGACGUUCAAUUUCUUCAACAAUUGGGGAAGUCGACAUUUUUGUAAAUUUGCGUGAUGAUAAACAACACAAACAUUGUAUUAAAAUUUUGCAAUCUUGUAUUUUUCAAAUUCAACAAAUUUCUAAUGUUUGGGUUGAGGUAAUGCCAAAAUUUGUUCUAGCCCAAUCUGUUGGUGCAAUUGUAUCUCAUUUGUUGGCUAUUCUUUCUGAUUUUAUUUUGAGUAAAGAAGAUAUUGCUUUAAUAGAUGCAGAAAUUAUAUCUGAUUUACUUGAGUCUUUAAUUGAUGAAUGCAAAAAGAUUUUGAUGAUUGACGAUAAACCAAUGAUUCAAAAAGUUUGUGAAGAGAGUUAUUAUAUGCUUAUUGAAAUUAUAUUUUGUUUGAAGAGUAAUUUAUCGGAAAUUGGACAUCGUUGGUGUCAAGGAAAAGGACCGCUAGCAAAUUGGUUAACUCCACACCAAGUGAAACAAUUAAUUCGAGCUUUAUUCCAAAAUACCGAGAAACGGGCGCAGCUUUUGACGCAGAUUAAUUAAAUUUUGUUUGAAAUAUGUGUCUAUACCGUGAUUGUUUUAAUUAAACCCUGUGGGCUUUAAUUUUUCAAUAAGUUUCUUUCAUUAGGUUUUUAUUAGAGAGGGUUAUUGGGCUUCUAUUGGAAAGUGGGUUUAUUUUUCAAUAGUUCUGUGCUUCUAUUAGAGAGAGGGGACGUUCAUUUUUCAAUGGCAUUUUUGGUUGGGUUUCUAUUAGAGAGGGUUUUUACUGGGCCUCUAUUAGAGAGAGGGGAGUAGGCUUCUAUUAGAGAGGAGUAGGCUUCUAUUAGAGGGUUUUUACUGACUUCUAUCAAGAGAGGUGGGCUUCUAUUAGAGAGGGUUUUUACUGGGCUUCUAUUAGAGAGAGGGGGCGUUCAUUUUUCAAUGGCCUUUUUGUUUGAGCUUCUAUUAGAGAGUGGUGUUAUUUUCGAUUGGGCAUCCCUGGGUUACUUGUAUAAAUAUGGGCGUUUAAUAGGAGGGG